AUGAGUGUCAUCCUCUGCACAGCGGGGUAUGAUCAUACCAUCCGCUUCUGGGAGGCCUUAUCCGGCAUUUGUUCACGAACCAUUCAGCACCCUGACUCGCAGGUCAAUCGCCUGUGCAUCACCCCUGAUAAAAGGUUCCUUGCUGCUGCUGGUCAUAAUAAUGUGAAGCUCUUCGAUAUCAAGUCCACUAAUCCCAACCCGGUGAUGACCUUCGAAGGUCACACAGGCAACAUUACGGGAGUCGCAUUCCACUGCGAAGGGAAAUGGAUGGUUACCAGCUCUGAGGAUGGAACCGUGAAAGUCUGGGAUACUCGUACCGGUAGCCUGCAACGCAACUACGUCCACCGAGCUGCCGUCAAUGACGUCGUGAUUCACCCUAACCAGGGGGAGCUCAUCAGUGGUGAUCGUGCUGGUAUGGUCCGCGUUUGGGAUCUAGGCGAGAGUGUCUGUACGCACCAGUUGAUUCCAGAGGAUGAUACUGCCGUUCUCAGUGUGAGCGUUGCCAGUGAUGGGUCAUUGCUCUGUGCAGGAAACAAAAAGGGUAACGUCUACAUCUGGCGCAUGGUCCAGACCGAAGAGUCGACUCGGAUCAUCCCUAUUUGCACGUUCCAAGCCCACAAAGAUUAUCUCACCCGCGUCCUUCUGUCUCCAGAUGUCAAGCACUUGGCAACAUGCUCUGCCGAUCACACUGCCAAGGUGUGGAACCUGGACCCAGAAUACGCACCUGCUAAGGUUGCCAUUAAGGAAUGGAAUGAGAAGCAAGCCCAGAAGGCCACCAUGGAGGACCAAAAUGAGCCUACUGCGGAAGCGGUUCAGGCGCAACAGGGGGCUGAGUUGAUGAACCAAGCGCGCGAUCUACUGCGCAUCUUCGAUACCCCCGUGCAAGACCGCGAAUUGCUUCGAAUUUCAGACAACGCUCCACGUACAGAAACCCCUCAGCAAACCUUCACCCCUCAGCCCGAUGGCCCACCCAUGGACCCGGCAAAUGGCACCCUCUUCCUGGAGACCACACUAGCCAACCACCAGCGAUGGGUCUGGGACUGUGCAUUCUCCGCUGACUCCGCAUACCUCGUCACUGUAUCGAGUGACCACUAUGCCCGCCUGUGGGAAUUAAGCUCUGGCAGCAUCAUUCGCCAGUACAGUGGCCACCACCGUGGCUCAGUGUGUGUUGCGCUGAACGACUACUCCGAACCCCGAUGA